AUGGUGUUCUUCUUGAGAGAUGCAGUAAAAGCGUGGGAGGAAAAGACCGGGCAAAAAGUGGGAGAGGCUGAACAAAUAAUGUUAUAUGGGUGGGUGCCUCCGAUUGAAAAGAUGGACACAACUGUGGCCCAAAUGAAAAAUUGUAAAAGACUUGCACUGUCAACAAAUUGUAUAGACAGAAUAGGAGGUCUGCAAGGACUAGUUUCCUUAGAAAUACUGUCACUUUCAAGAAAUCAAAUCAAGAGAUUAGAAAACUUGGAGGCUGUGGCCCCAACGCUGGAACAAUUAUGGCUCUCAUACAACAAUUUGACGUCUUUGGCAGGGAUUGAGAAAUUGAAGAAACUAAAAGUAUUAUAUUGUGGAAAUAACAAAAUUAGCUCAUGGUCGGAGGUGGACCGACUUAAGGAGCUUCCAGAGCUUGAAGAUUUGUUGCUUCAAGGAAACCCUUUAGAAAAGAAUUCAAAAGAUAACGGAGAAAACUGGAGAAUUGAGGUGUUGAGGAGAUUACCAACACUCAAAAAACUUGACGGAAGGUCCUUUGAUUUGGCAGAGCGAGAACAGGCUGAAGGAGCUCGUAAGGACAUGGGUGAAUAA